AUGUUGAAGCAAAUUCAAGGUGUCCUGGUGCCGCCAAAGCUUGUUGUUGUAGAUAGGAAAUCUAUCGAGAAGUCAUGGAAGAUGAUGGAUAAAGUCGUGAAGCUGUGUCAGCAUCCUAAAAUGAAUUUAAGAAACAGUCCUCCGUUUAUUUUGGAUAUCCUACCGGACACUUACCAACAUUUGCGGUCAAUUUGUGCUAAACACGAAGAUAAACUGCAAACACUAAAUGAAUGCGAGUACUUUAGAACAUUUAUCGAGAAUUUGAUGAAUAAAUGCAAAAAUACCACGAAACUGUUUCGAGACGGGAAGGAUAAAAUGUACGAUGAGAAUUCUCAUUACCGUCGGAAUUUGACAAAACUGAGUUUGGUGUUUUCUCAUAUGUUAGCAGAACUGAAAGCUAUUUACCCAAAUGGAGCAUUUGCCGGAGAGUCGUUUAGGAUUACAAAAGGGGAUGCCGCGGACUGGUGGAAGAAAUCUUUUGGUGAUAAAAUUAUAAUCCCAUGGAAGGAAUUCAAGAACCGGCUCCACGAAAGUCAUCCAAUUGGUUCUGCUUUAGAGGCCAUGGCAUUGAAGUCAACCAUAGACCUCACAUGCAAUGAUUAUAUCUCUGUGUUUGAAUUUGAUGUCUUCUGUAGGUUGUUUCAACCAUGGUGUAACCUUUUACGAAAUUGGAAUGUGUUGGCUGUUGCUCAUCCUGGUUAUGUGGCGUUUCUGACUUACGAUGAGGUCAGGGCUCGUCUUCAGAAAUAUAUCAACAAACCUGGGAGUUAUGUGUUUAGGCUGAGCUGUACAAGACUAGGACAGUGGGCCAUUGGCUAUGUCACCAAUGAUGGGCAGAUAUUACAGACAAUCCCACAAAACAAGUCACUUUGUCAAGCCCUGCUGGACGGUCAGAGAGAAGGCUUCUUUUUAUAUCCAGAUGGGCGAAGCAUCAACCCAGACUUGAGCUUUUUGGUGGCUGAUAGCGAGGAGGACCAUAUCCGUGUAACACAGGAGCAAUAUGAACUGUACUGUGAGAUGGGGUCCACUUUUCAACAGUGCAAAAUCUGUGCCGAGAAUGACAAGGACAUCAGGUUGGAGCCAUGCGGACAUCUACUGUGUACACCUUGUCUGACACAGUGGCAGGAUUCUGAUGGUCAGGGGUGUCCGUGGUGUCGCUGUGAAAUCAAAGGCACAGAGCAGGUCGUUGUGGAUCCAUUUGAUGAAAGGCAUGUGAUGAAAGCAUCAUAUGCAAAGUCACCGACACAGGAUGAUGAUGAGGAAGACAGUGGUGGGACAACAGCUUUACAAGCACUAGCAGUUGGAUCGAGGUCCCAGGAUGCAAGCUCACCGUUUGAUUCCCCAGCCUUGUCCAAGAGAUCGGGGCACCACAAUCCUGACAUGCCUCCACCGGUACCACCCAGAACUGUGUCCCCAUUACCUUCCCCUGGUGCAUCACCAAAACCCCCAAGACGGCAGCUACCACCCACACCUCCCAGUGACAGCACAUUAAAAAAUCCAGAGCAAUUGAAAACACAGAUUUAUUCAAAUUCUACAUCCGGUAAGU